AACUUCCAUCUCUUACCGGGCGAUAAUUAAAAAUAUCGGGACAUCGUAUUUGCAUUGAAUUUUCAAUACGUGUAUUGUGUCCGGAUUGCACAUAGAUUGGAUUGUAAAAUAACACAUUUUAACUAAUUGUAUUAUUUUAUAAAAGUAUACAACAAACAACUUGAUACUCACGGUAUAUGACUGCAUAUUACAAGAAAUCUGAAGCAUUUUUGAAGAACAAUUGUACAUGGAUUCGUAACAUUCUCAUUUGAGUUGACCGAAGGCAGUGUUAUGUGGAUCAAUAAAAUUGAUAUGUGGCAAAAACGAGCGCUUGCGUUUUGUUUAGUAUUGUUGUUGAACGACUGGCGAGCGUUCGCAGAUGAGCAUAACCAUAAGUACAAUGACCGAGAAGAGGUAGUGCUGUGGAUGAAUACAGUUGGGCCGUACCAUAACAGGCAGGAGACAUAUGCCUACUUUUCCUUGCCAUUUUGUAGUGGUGCCAAACAAAGUAUUUCCCAUUAUCAUGAGACCCUCAGUGAAGCACUCCAAGGUGUCGAGCUAGAGUUUAGUGGCUAUGAAAUAGACUUUAAAGUUGACGUCUCUCCAACCGUAAUUUGCAUGAUCGAUCUAACAAUUGAUAAAGUGAAGGCUUUUACAUAUGCUGUUAAAAACCAAUAUUGGUAUCAAAUGUAUAUAGAUGGCCUUCCGAUCUGGGGGGAGGUUGGCAAAAAGGAUGAAACGGAAGAAAAGUAUUUUAUUUUUACGCAUAAAAAAUUUGAAAUUGGUUACAACGGUCAGCAAAUUGUUGAUGUGACUCUGCACAACGAAAAAAGAGAGUUGUUAACACCAGGAGCCAAAAUUAAGUUUUCUUAUGAAGUAAACUGGAAGCCAAGCACAGUUGAAUUUAAAAAUCGGUUUGACAAAUAUUUGGAUCCGAAAUUUUUCCAACAUAGAAUCCACUGGUUUAGUAUUUUUAACAGUUUUAUGAUGGUCAUAUUUUUGGUUGGAUUGGUUUCAAUGAUUCUAAUGCGUACUUUACGCAAAGACUAUGCGCGGUAUAGCAAGGACGAAGAAAUUGAUGAUAUGGAACGUGACUUGGGUGACGAAUAUGGCUGGAAACAGGUACAUGGAGAUGUUUUUCGAACCCCUCCACAUGCUUUGUUAUUUUCCGCUAUGAUAGGAGCUGGUUGUCAAUUAAUUUCCGUAGUUCUCGGAGUCAUUAUAUUUGCGAUCGUCGGUGAACUAUAUACAGAACGUGGAUCAAUGCUAUCCACUGCCAUAUUUGUGUAUGCAGCAACAUCCCCCGUCAACGGUUACUUCGGUGGCUCGCUAUAUGCUCGACUAGGCGGCAGAAUGUGGAUACGCCAAAUGAUUGUCUCUGCAUUUAUGGUGCCUGCAUUUGUUUGUGGAACUGCGUUUUUCAUCAAUUUUAUUGCAAUUGGCUAUCAUGCAUCGCGCGCUAUACCUUUUGGAACAAUGAUUGCGGUUACAUGUAUAUGCAUUUUCGUUGUUUUGCCAUUAACACUAGCUGGCACUGUGGUGGGGCGCAAUUUAGAUGGACAGCCAGACCAUCCCUGCCGAGUUAAUGCAGUGCCUCGCCCAAUACCAGAGAAAAAGUGGUUUAUGGAACCGGCGAUUAUUAUCCUCCUUGGGGGUGUAUUACCCUUUGGAUCGAUCUUUAUAGAAAUGUACUUCAUUUUCACAUCAUUUUGGGCCUAUAAAAUCUACUAUGUUUAUGGUUUUAUGCUGUUAGUGUUUACCAUAUUAAUGAUUGUAACGGUGUGUGUGACUAUUGUCUGCACUUACUUCCUUUUAAACGCAGAGGAUUACCGGUGGCAAUGGACAAGUUUUAUGUCUGCCGCAUCCACUGCUAUAUACGUGUACGCGUAUUCAUUCUACUAUUUCUUCUUUAAAACAAAAAUGUAUGGCCUGUUCCAAACAGCCUUUUAUUUUGGCUAUAUGGCAUUGUUUAGUGGAGCUCUCGGAAUUAUAUGUGGUACCGUCGGGUAUUUAGGCACAAGCGUAUUUGUACGAAAAAUUUACUCUAAUGUUAAAAUAGACUAGAUUUCAUAUAUAUAUAGAUUGGUUCAAUUUAUUUUUUAUCGGACUAAUUAAAUAUUAACGCUUCUUUAGUUCAAGCUUGAAUAAUUUAUUAUUACCAAUUUUUCAAUGCAGAAAUCUCGCCGCCAGUUAAAAUAUACGUAAGCAAUAUGAAGUAUGUAUAUGGUAAAUUGGAACAAAUUAAAUGGCAUUCGUAUAUUGUAAAUUCCAGAUUAGCCAGCAGACAUAAUUUAUUAGAUAAAUACGUAUGUGUUUAUAUAUAUUUUUUUUUUGGUAUCAAUUAAGCAGUAACAAUUAUUUACACCUUUUUCCAAAACGUUAGACCUAGCCAGAGUUAUAAAAAUUGUUCUAGGUGAUGUAUGCCAAGCAUAAAUGUAACAGCGACCGUAAGCUAUGGUAGAAAUAGGGUCUUAAAUACAAGAAAGAACAGUUCUUUAGUUUUGAUAUAUCACGCCCUAAAAAAAUGGGGUCAUACGCAAAAUUACCAAUUUCAUACACCACGCACAGACUAAGCUCUGAAAAGCGCAAACAAUCAUAAAAAAUUACUAUUUAAUCUUGUAUUAUAUAUUAAUAAUUUUGAAAUAAAACAGUACCUACAGACAGUUAGACCUUUGUAAACUUUAGCUUAAAUUUUUUUAAUAUUUUUCGAACUACAUACUUAUUUUCCGUAAAUAACCAGUUUUGAGCAUUUUGCCCAGGGUAAACUUGAAAUUAAUUUUUUUCUUUUUUCAAGAAAUGUAUGCAUAUAUAUAUUUUAAGUGAUCUAAUAGAAUUUCUAUGGAAAAUAAAUUAAUACCUAUUUGCCG